AAUUCCAACCAAACGAGAGGCAAACUGAUGACUGGCAAAUGAUGAUUUCUCCGCCCUUUACGUAAUGAAAAGGAAGGGAUAUGGGAAUCGUUUUACAUGAUGAUGAUGAAGAUAUCAAACUCAAUUUCAGAUUUCAUGAGGUUUUACUCUCUAUGGUUGUGUAGACACCAUUAUUCCACAAAUGCAAAUAUUGCUACAUUUUUCAGCAAAUAUGUGGACAAGAACAAUGUCUUCUCUUGGAACUCUAUCAUUGCCGAGUUGGCUAGGAGCGGAGACUCAGUCGAGGCGCUUCGGGCUUUCGCUUCUAUGCGGAAGCUCUCUCUUAGACCAAAUCGUUCAUCAUUCCCAUGCGCCAUCAAAUCGUGUUCUGCCCUUCGUGAUCUCACUUCUGGCAGGCAGGUCCACCAGCAAGUUGUGAUCUUCGGGUAUGGGUCUGACCUUUUCGCGUCGUCAUCGCUGAUUGAUAUGUACUCCAAGUGUGGUAAGCUCAAAGAUGCGAGAUUACUGUUCGACGAAAUUCCCCAACGAAAUGUGGUUUCUUGGACGGCUAUGAUUACUGGGUAUAUACAAAGUGACCACGCCUGUGAUGCUCUCUUGCUCUUCAAAGAACUUUUGGUUGAAGAGAGCGAGAGCUUAGAGGAGGAGGAAGUGUAUGUUGAUGCAGUGGCAUUGGUGUCUGUUCUAUCUGCUUGUUCUCGGGUUUCGGGGAAAACUAUGACACAGGGGGUUCAUGGUUUUGCAAUAAAAAGGGGACUUGAUGAGCAUUUGGGUGUAGGGAAUACACUGAUUGAUGCUUAUGCAAAGUGUAGCGAGGUAGGCUUGUCUAGUAAGGUGUUUGAGGAGAUGGCUGAGAAGGAUGUCAUAUCUUGGAACUCGAUUAUUGCAGUUUAUGCUCAAAAUGGGCUUUCCUCUGAAGCAAUAGAAAUGUUUCAUUUAUUGGUGAAAGAUAAAGAAGUUAAAUACAAUGCUGUCACAUUGUCCACCCUACUGUUGGCAUGUGCACAUGCUGGAGCUCUUCAUGCUGGGAAGUGCAUACAUGAUCAGGUCAUAAAAAUGAGCCUCGAAGAUAAUGUAUAUGUUGGCACCUCAAUCAUUGACAUGUACUGCAAAUGUGGGAGAUUAGAGAUGGCUAGGAAGGCAUUCAAUCGUAUGAAAGAAAAGAAUGUAAAGUCAUGGUCCGCCAUGAUUGCUGGUUAUGGAAUGCAUGGGCGGGCCAAGGAAGCUCUUGAAGUCUUCUACGAGAUGAACCGUAAUGGUGUGGCUCCAAAUUACAUAACGUUUGUUUCAGUCUUAGCUGCUUGUGGCCAUGCUGGCUUGGUGGACGAAGGAUGGUAUUGGUUUAGAGCCAUGGAGCACAGAUUCCAUAUACAGCCUGGGCUGGAGCAUUAUAGUUGCAUGGUCGAUCUACUUGGGCGUGCUGGUUUUCUCACCAAAGCUUAUGAUCUAAUCAAUGAAAUGAAGGUGGCACCAGAUUUUGUGGUUUGGGGUUCUCUCCUUUCUGCAUGUAGAAUGCAAAAAAAUGUAGAGCUUGCGGAAAUUUGUGCUAAUAAAUUGUUUGAAUUAGACCCGAACAACUGUGGAUAUUAUGUCUUGCUUUCAAAUAUAUAUGCUGAUGCUGGAAGAUGGAGAGAUGCAGAAAGGAUGAGAAUGCUUAUGAAAAAUCACGGGUUAACCAAAACUCCAGGGUUUAGUCUGGUCGAACUCAAAGGCUUAGUUCAUGUAUUUCUGGUCGGAGAUAGGGAACAUCCUCAACAUGAGAAGAUUUAUGCGUAUUUAGAAGAAUUGUCUAUAAAGUUGCAAGCACUUGGCUACACGCCAAACAUGACUUCAGUUCUUCACGAUGUUGAUGAGGAGGAGAAAGGGAUGGUGUUACAAGUUCAUAGCGAGAAGUUGGCUGUGGCUUUUGGGAUUAUGAAUUCCGUCGCUGGUGCAACAAUCCAUGUCAUUAAGAAUCUUAGGAUAUGUAGUGACUGCCACACAACAAUUAAGCUGACAACAAAGAUUGUUGAUCGGGAAAUUGUUGUGAGAGACUCCAAGAGAUUCCACCAUUUUAAGGAUGGCUUAUGUUCAUGUGGGGACUACUGGUGAGGUGAAACUACUGAGGAAACAAUGAACCCCUUCUCUGUCUGGAACUUGUUUUCAUUUGCAAAUGAUGGUAGUUUGACCGGUUUUUAUGGCAAGAAUUUGUUGAGGUCAGAGAUGGAGGAGGAGUUUCAGACUUGUGUUAUUUAUUUAUUUGUAUUGUUUCUUUUGGAAGAGUGGGUGGGGAAAGAUGUUAAUCUCGGAUCAGUUUUCCAGAAAAUUGGAGAAUUGGAGAACAGAAAACAGAAAUGUUUUCAGAGAUGGUCCCCACUAGACAGUUAAGCCUUUGAGACUCUUGUGCCUGCAGUGAAUUUACGCAUUUGGGCAAUCUUCCAUUGCUGGUGAAAUUUCACAGCUUAUAAAUAAACCAAAUCUUCUGAUCACAAGGGAUAUACCCAUUUUGAGCAUCAUCCCCACUGUAAUUGCCGAGUUUCAAACCUGUCUCUUGUCUCAAAUACUGCCUACUGAACUAAGUUCGCGCGGACAUCUCUCUCCGAAAUCUGAAGAAAUAACCAAAAAUGGUGUUGCCUUCACGCCUUCAAGUUCUCUCGUUGUUUCGGUCACUGCUGAGAACUGUCCGUGACUUCCCAGACUACAACAUACGAGAAUACACCAUCGAUGCCUUCUGGCAGAACAAGGCCCUCUCAGACUCGUCUCUGGUUGCCGCCGCUCUCUCCGAUGGAAAGGCACAGCUCGAGAUUGCCAAACGUCAGGCCCUCGUCUAUGGUCUCUAUGCUCCCAAGAUCAAGACUGUUAUGGAAUUAAAACACUGAUUCGAAGAAUGAAUUUUUCCUUAAUUUAAGUGACUCGGUAGUGGUAUGGGAUUGUGGAGAAUUGUUGUUCAUAAUCAUAAGCUACCUUAUAUCAGUGCACGGUACCCUGGGAAGGUAAGUGUAUUUUGGUUAUAAUAAGUUGCAGCUUUGUUGGCAA